UGAACACCAGUCUGUGUGAAACACCAGGCCUGAGAGGCGGCAGUCUGCAGCUCCUCCAAAACCCGAUCCUGACGUGAAAUGAAGAACCGCUGCAGGAUUUCAGAGACGAAACUCCAGCAGCAGGUGGAGUUGAUGGAGUCCAAGGUGGAGCUGCUGCUGGUCACUCUGGGUGAGCUGAGUCCCAGUGAGCUGGUGACCUUCAGUGACCUCCUGCGGAGACGGCGCUGUCUGAGGCCCGGUGAGGUUCAGCAGGCGCUGCAGGCAGUUGUGUGUUCGUUGGUUCUGGUCGGCGGCUGGCGGUCCGUGGAACUGACCCGGCAGGUUCUGAAGUCCAUGAACAGGACGGAUCUGGUCGACGCCAUGCAGGACGGCAGCUCCACAGCCAAAAGUACGGAGACUCAACAUUUACAGGAUAAAAUGUUUUCUUUUCUCUCCAGAAAACGUUUUGAUGAUCAUCUGUCUGCAGAAAUCCACAGAGUGUCCGCUGUGGCCGUCAUGAAGGACCUGCUGCUGGAAAUCCUGACGGACCUGAAAGACGUCGAGUUCUGCAAGUUCAAAUGGUUCCUGCAGCUGACGCAGUUCCAGCAGGUUCUGCCUCAGAUCCCAUGGAGCAACCUGCAGUUUUCAAACCGCACAGAAUUAGUGAGUAUGAUGUGGAGCAGCUGCGGCGAUCGGUGCCUGGCGCUGACUCAGGAGGUUCUGAUGGACCUGGACAGAUCGGACCUGGUGGACAAGCUUCCUCUGGACGCUUCCAGCUCUAAAGGGAAACUUUCUUUGAUGGAUUUUUGGCCUGAACUGAAGCAGAAAGUAAAACAGAUGGAGUCUGUCAUAAAGAUGCUGCUGGAAGAGUUUGAUGAUCUGACCCUGCAGGAUGUAAAAGAUAUCAGAAACACCCUGAGCUGGGAUUUGGAUGACUGUCCUUAUUUAAGCAUCUAUUGGAGGCUGCUGGCCAUAAAUGCAGACCUGCAGGAAACCGUGCUGCUGCUGGUGCAGACGUUCAGCCAGCGUCCGGUGGACAAGAUGCAGGAGCUGCUGUCCAGAAUGCGGAGGCCCGAUCUGGAGUUCGCUCUGAUCAAAUCCACAGAAAAGAAAUCUGUUGUGGGAAAAUGGAAAUCCGCUCCGAUCCAGAAGGUGGCAACGAUGGCGGCUGUGAAGAAUCUCCUCCUGGAAACCGUCGACCGGCUGAACCCGAACGGGUUCCAGGAGUUUAAACGCUUCCUGCAGCGACGGCCGAGAUCCAGAACAGAACCGACCUGGUGA